GUCUACGGGCUAGUACUGAACAACAACAGUAAUACAAUAAUUGUGUUGACUAAGUUCGUAAUACUAACGGGGGGAAACAUCCUACUUGAUUGUAUUAUCAUGUUUGUUUCAUUUCUUAAAAUGGGAGCUAAAUUGGACUUUGAUGUCCUGACACCGUAUUGUGCUACGACACUAAACCUAAACUCUGACGCGUGAACUCGAAGACUGUCCGACAGCCUCUUGUCGCCCGACGCCGAAGACAGCCGAUAUUUGCCGAACAUUACGUCAUUUGUUUCGACACUCGUUUGCUGUGUGAGAAGGCAAAGGGAAAGCAAGCAACAAGAAGGAAGAGCAAUGGCGACACUGGAUCGCCAACAACCGAUCCUGGACACGUCCGUGCACGUCUCGCGCUCCAUCUCCACCAACGCAGCACGUUUCCUCUCCGGACACGAUGUGCACUUGUGUGCCCUGUUACCAGCACAUCAGGAUCUCCUUCUUGUUUUCAAUGUCUGCAAGCAAGCCGUCGGGCAUCAGGGCCACCUUGUGCGUUACGGUAGCAGGAGAGUAGUGGCACACAGUGACUAGAGGACAGUCUCUCUCCACGCCAAAGCCCCCCAAAUCAUGCAUAACAAGAACCAGAGGAGACGCAGUCCUCCCAGCUCUUCCCAAGCCCCACUGAAGUGUAAGAUUUCGUUGGGUCAUGGUGAGGCAGACCCCGUGGCAUUCCGCGUGCCUCGCGACUACCCGCACUCCCGCUUCAGCAGAGCCCCGCUCGCUGUGUACCCACCCAAGGGAGGGCGCCCGAGAGCCUGCAUGUCCUUACCUGUGGUGAGUCUGGAGAAGAUGCCAUGUUUCAGCCAAUCAGAGGGCGCACACGUCAAAGUCCCCUCCUCCUCUUCCACACUUGGCUCCUCCUCCUCAACUCCAUCUUCAUCCCCAUCCGUUUAUAAGUCUGCCCUCAUGUCACCAGCGUCCCAAAAGAACCAAGAGAAGCUUCUGAAUGGCCGCGGCCCCGUAACUAGCCGCUCUGCCACACCCCCGUCGUUAAAUGACAGACGGCCCAGCCCCUCACAGUCCCCACUGGACAAACGGCCUGCCCCCUCUCCCUCCUCACAGGACAGAAGACUCACUGCCUCUCCUUCUGCGUCCUUAUUGGACAGAAGACUCACUGCCUCUCCUUCUGCGUCCUUAUUGGACAGAAGACCUGCUUCCUCUCCUUCUUCGUCCUUAUUGGACAGGAGACCUGUUGUCCCUCCCUCCCCUCCAGACAGGAAGCAUCCAAAUGAAGCUAAAGCCAGCAGGCAUAGGAGAGUGUCAGGAAGAAUUUACGAUCCGAACAAACACUGCGGAGUGUUGGACGCAGAGACCAAACGGCCUUGCACCCGAUCCCUCACCUGCAAGACCCACUCUAUGACACAUCGCCGUGCGGUCACAGGAAGGAGGAAGGACUUUGAUGUUCUCCUGGCAGAGCACAAGGGGCGGGCUAAGGACAAGGAAGCGGUGAACAGCCAAUCAGCUCAGUCGUCCCAGUCAGUCGGCACCUCGUCCAGUCUACCGUCAAGCUGUCAUAAUGGCAAGACCACGCCCACUCUUAAACUGCGGCUGGCCAGUGCACACAUGCACAGAGGUUGUGGCAGUGGUGGUGCAGUGGUACUGAGCUCCGCCCCUGGUACUGCCCCUGCCCCCGCCCCUGCCGCAGAUCUCAUACCCAGCUGGCGGAGGCUUGGUAGCGAUGCCCGUAUCUCCAGCGAUGACGGAGACUCUGAGCUGGUGGAGGAGAUGGAGAAACCAUGGUGUCAUACUUAUAUGCACCACCCACGGCCCCUCAGUUGGUGUGCCUUCAGCAGUCGCGUGGUGGGGAGGGGUCACUACGUGUUUGACAGACGCUGGGACAGAGUGAGGAUCGCUCUGCACUGUAUGGUGGAGAAACACGUCAGCGCUCAGAUGUGGAGGAAAGUUCCCCUGGCAGUUGAGAGUGUAGUGAGUGUGUGUGCGGAGCUGUCUGCUCGGAGCUCCCCUCCCACACCCUCCCCACCUCCGGCCUCCACCCACGCCUCCACCUAUGAAGGGGUCUCCAUGGUCUCCUACUCCAGCCCUUUCUCCCAUAACGGCGCUGGUGUCUUCUGCGUGCGGGACCCAGACCACGCCCCCAAGCUGCACCAGAGUAAACCGGCCAAGCCGGCAAGAGCUCCGGGGGAAGGGGUGGCGGUCAAAAAGCGUAAGCCGCCUCCCACCACCAAUGCCAGCACCUCCCGGAAAAAUGGGAACACCUGCCACCCACCGCCAGGCUCCGCCCACAUCAGUAACGGUCCAGUAGCACUGGGUGGCAGGUCCAAGCCGCAGGUGGGCGGGCAGUGCACCCCCGACCCGGAGCCGCUGUCCCAGCCUCCUCACGGCGGGAUCUCCAAUCCCUGUCCGUCUCCCUGCGCCUCCUCCGAGGGUCGGAAGCGUAGGAUGACUGGCUCCAGCUCCAGCAGAUCCAGCAAGGUCACCAAAACAGUGCUCGACGGAAUCUUCCGGAAGAGCAGCGCUGGGCUGCUGUCCUCAGUGCCUGAGGUGUCCCACAGCGCUCUCCCCUGGUGAGAUUUAGCUGUACUGUCAGUGCCGUCACACAGCUACAAGGCAGGCUCAGUCCUACAGCUAUUUGUACUGAACGAACUGAAUCAAAUUUCGCUUUAAAACUUGUCUCUCUACACACACGCACACGAGUACAACUCUUCUACAUACACACACACGAGUACAACUCUUCCGUGUGUUUCCAGCCCAAGGUGUAUCACUGUCUGAAACUCACCAUCUGAGUCAAGCAACCUUCCCUCCUUCAUACUGUGCUGCAAGUAUGUGGUGGAGCCCAUCACACACACACACACACACACACACACACACACACACACACAUUGGUGUGCAUGCAUUUGUCUGUGCGUGUGUCCUGUUUGCUCUGCUGCCACACUUGUCUCGCUGUGCUGUGGUCCCACGGCCUACGGGGACGGACAGCCCCCUCCCCCUCUCCUCCGUCCCUCCGUCCGUCCGAGGGUCCCGCAGCUGCGCCCAGCAUGACCACCUCCUCUGUUUGAAGCGCCUACCCUGAAGGGUCUGUCCUUUAAAAGGAACUUCUCUUUAAAACAGCUUCCACAUUGGUGUCCCUUCGCAAACCGUGGACAUGCAGAGUCCUCGGUGUGUGUCUGGCGUCCUGGUCCGACAGGCGCGCCAAGGACGAGGAGGUUCUGGUUGUGGGGGGUUAGUGUGCGCAGCCGUGGGUGCAGACUUGCAUGCACACUGUUCUAAAGUGCCCUGAUUGUCCCAGCACGCCGCGACCGGACCGGACCAGACUGGACGGGCGCAGGCAGCUAUGGGCAAAACCAGCAAACAGACAAACAAAGAAAACCCUUUGGGAAUAUUUUAUAGAUACAUUUUGGCGAGCUGUAUUUUUCUAAAGAUGAAUUCAGGUUUUUGAGUAUUUUCUUUUUGUCACAAGUAUUGCUGAGGAAAAUGUUGUAACGCAGCCUAGCAUAGUGUUACAUUUUGUAUAAUAAUUUAUCAUUCUUUAUUAAUUUUCUAACUGACAUGAGUAGGGCUUAUGGCAUUGCGUGAAAUUAUAUUUGUAUGUCCUUAUAAAAGUUUAAGUAUUAUAGAGAGCUUAUUGUUGGAAAAUGAAUACAUAUCCUUUUUUUGUAUUUAUUGUUAGUAUCUCUCGGAGCUAACGGAGUCUACAGGUUUCCGUCUUCCCUAAUUAUAUUCAGACGUUCACACAGUUUGUACUGAAGAGGUCUCGGUAUUCUUUUGCUCGAAGGUCUCGUGGUCGGCCAGACGCAGAAAACCUGUGCUCUUGACGACAAAAAGCUUCCAUCAGGAGAAGGAAAUGAGAUCAAGUUGUGAGGAUCAAGAUGACAUUAAAAUUAAAAUGGCACCCUUUACAGCGGAGGAGGCCUGACGUCCGUGGACAGGUUGGCACGUGAGCGGGUGCACACUCCCCUCACCUGCUCAUCACCAGCGUUCUGAUUGGUCAGACUGAAUAUGCUUCAGGAAAGCCUUUAUUUUUCUCUUCCCUGUUUGAUGCGUAAUCCCAGUGUAACAGUACGUUUCCUUGGCAUUUAUUUAGUAAACUUGUACUGAUUGUAGCUUCGUAAGCCAGAUCUGAUUCAGGGUUGACGAAGACUAUGAUGGUGAAGGCAGCUCCUAGCCUUAGAACCUCCCUACAGAGCAGAAUUCCGUCACCAGUCUGAUGUCUGGUGUCUGAAAAAUGUAUCUCCUGGAGAUGUAAAUCCUACAGUUUAAUGCUUUUUUGCACUUUUCAUCCUUCAACAGGAAUUUAAUGUUUCUAUCUAUAAGAGUAUCGAAUAUAUGUUGAGAAUCAAAGAUAUUUGUACAGCUUUCUCAGCAGAGGCCUGUUUGGAGUGAAGGUAUAUGUUGGGGUGGCCUUGUGUCCUCCUUUCUGUGGACUUGUUCUGUUUGCAGGACGAGUGUUUCCCACAGAGGUUUGUUUGGUUUCUACAGUCACCAGACACUGAGUGGCUGUCUUUACGGUGUGUUGACCGCUAGUUUAGGUCCUACCUUCUUGCACACCACAACUGAUUGCGACUGCUUCUCAGCAUGAGUGUAUCUGCUUAACAGAAGUGUUUGGCCAGACAGGACAGUGAAGGUAACCUUCUGUAUGAUUCAUUGUUUGGCGUCUUAACAAGGUUUAAAGAUGCCCAGUCCCAGAGGUGAUGGGGUCGCUCUGACGCACUGAGGGUUGGGGUCUUGUCUGUUAUAUAGCUGUACCGCAUGCAUGUGCCAAAAUAGUUUGUCAUCACUCUCCUGACGCUCAGACCCUACCACCAUCACUCUGAUUAAACGACCUUUUAGGCUCUAAAGUAAACAAACAGCAGUGAAAUCUGACAAUUCUAGACGUGAAGCACCAGUCUGUGUGGAAACAUCUGCGUUUGACCAGAUUCCCACGUGUUCUGCACAUCUGGCUUGUUAAAUGGUAUUUUCUAAAACAGACUGAUCUUCAGGAAAGUAUGUCUGGAUACAUCAGAACUGCUGAAAAGUGUCUAGUGAAUUAGUGGUCUUUUAUGACAACUGAUUUAAAUUUUUACUUUAUACGUCUUUUAAAAUGUGGUUUAUUUGUAAGGAACAGCUGAUCGUCUGCUCACAUAAGCCCUGAUUUUGAUUGGUCCUACACGUCAAUCCAGUAAAUAAACAUCUUAAACGUGGUUACGUACCCGUGGCCCCCUGCUCCUCUUUUUGGAAAGUCAGAAUAUGGUGAACAUGGAGACGUUACGGAAGCAUACACUGGUCCCGCACGACCCCACACAUGCUGUAGACCAGACCGUCACUACAGUGUUGCCUUAGCAUCACGGAAACCCAGCAGAGCACAAACCCAGCCCAGCCGGGAGGGUGGGAGAAUGUUUCCACAGAAUAUUCAGGAGUCACUCUGGUGGUGUGAGCGUGCGUGCGUGUAAGAGAAUGAAGGCGUUAACGUGUCUUUCACAUUUUCUUUUGCAUGAAGAGCAUUUGUUGCUUUUACUAGCAGAUUUUACCAUAUUGUUCUCAAUGUUGAAGUAACUAAAGGAAAACCAUGAGGUGAAUCUCAAGAAUGGUUUAUUCCCAAACAUUUCAUUAAUCCCAGCAGUAGCCACAUCCUAGUGAAGGUGGUUCUAGGAUUGCUUUUGUGUUUGUUUGUUUUUUGGGGGAUGGAUGGAACCCCUUAACAACACAGUUUUCAGAUGUUGUCAUGCACAUGCACAGGCUGAUGUGAUCAAUGUGCAUUCCUACACCUGAUUCUCCUCACGGUGGAGGUUUACAACUCCUCUGGAGCCGACAGUGGUGUGUUUGUGUGGUGGGGGGUGUCUCCAGUGCUUCAGAGGAUCGGCACUGAGCACGUCCGCUCUAGAAUGGAGGUUUGGGUCUCCAGGUUCCUGUGUUUCUGACAGGAGAAGCGUGUUUACCAACAACACUGUUAUCCAGGCCCUUCAGUGAUCAGAAUAAGUGUUGGUUCGUUAGUUUAAUGUAGGUCUUCCAGUGAAUUUAACCUGUUGGACCUGUUUUUAUUCUCCACUGUAUUUCACUGAAACUAAUGUUUCAUACUGUGCCAGGAAGUGUGUUUAUUUGAGUUUCCAGACCUCCAAAUCCAGUGGUGUGUCCUAAUGGAUAUUUAAUUUGAUUAAUCUCAGCAUAACUGUCAUGACUGGGAACGAUACAAAAAUUCCCCACUUUAUAUAAUCUGUGUAUAAUCUUGGGAAGAAGACAACACUUCCUGAGUCUUAGACACAGUACAGCGCCAAACAGCAACUUUCUCUGUUCAGUCAUCACAAAGGUACAGUUCCCCUCACCAUCUUAAACCAGUACUGAUCGCCAGACGGUAGUGCGGGCCUCGGCCUGACCUUCGUCUGAUCUCAGCACUGGUGCUCCUGGCCCUGAUCUGUCGAGCACAUGUGCUAACACUGGUGUGUGUGUCUGACUUAAUUAUUUUUGCUGUUUGCUUCUGAAUAUCAGUGGUGAAAAAAUUCUGACUGCUUUUGUCUGAGACAGUCGAGCCUAAUUCUGAAGGGGUUUUACCUUGUCUACAACUCAACUUUGAAAAAACCUAAAGCUCUUUAAGAGUGGAUAAUAUAAAGUCUUGUUUUUUAUACUCCAAAACCUUUUCGAGUUCAAACAGCCCUACAGGUGUUCACAUAAACAACAGUCUGAUAGGGAAAACUGAUCCACCUGUCCAGCGUGUUCCAUGUUUCUCUUGCUUCUGUUCUCCAGUGCAUUCACAACAAAUGAACUAGAUGUGUAUUUUCAGGUUUGGCUGUUUUGAAUUUCAGCUGUUACAUAAAUACAUUUUUACCUGCUU